UGUACUGUACCCAUAUACACAUCGUCGCGGUGAAAGAACACCCGCCGAAGUUCUCUCCCUCUGGUCCGAGAAAAGUUGUACGCAAUGGCGACGGUGGACCGCAGGUCAGCGGCGAAAGAAGUGUCCAAUGUGAAGGAGGACGUAGCCGGUGAGAAAAAGCUCGAAGUGGAUGCGAUAUCACCGAGCAGUGUGAAGGAACUGGUCAAAAAUUGGGAAAAAAGCGGCGCCUCUACACCAAUGCGAAUGAACUCGGCCUUGCCUAGGGCUCCAAAAAAACUCCCACCAACACCGGAAGUCACAGCUACUCCUUCAUCAACGCCUAUGGUGCGGACGGAAACCACCACACACAAAUCUGACUUGACCGAUCUGGCUGCAAUGCUGGAUAGGGCCACCGGCCCAGUAGAGGAGACCGCUCCGCCGGUAGCAACUAUGGCAAAGGAGAUUGAGGAAAGACAACCGGCAAACGCAUUGGAGGAGGAACUGAGGGCCCCGCCAAGGGGUACCUCAUUACCCGAGGAUGUUUCAAGAGGCGGGCGGCCGCAGGAGCGCGGAACGGGCGAUGCAGAUGCAGACAACCGAGCACGCCAUGUACCUUCACUGGCUGCGAACGAGCAGGAAAGCACUCAUCGAACAGUGGAACGACAUGAUGCACCGCAGCCAACGCCAGCUGACGCAGAGAUGAGUGCUGCGCGCUUGGAGGAAGAUGAAGAGCAGUUGCCCGCGCUGACUGAUAUCAAACAAUCGGAAGCCAAGCAAUCAACUUCAAAGACAGUCACAACGGCUGAAGAUGAGUUGGUGGACGACAAGGUGGCGGUAGAGGGACGCUCACGGCAACAGCCAUUGUUUGCGAACGAAAGUGAUACAACAUGGCAGAGGCAUGCACUUGAUGACGCUUCACAGGAAGCAUUGACCCACGAAGAGGAAAAUUCUUCAAAUGGCGCGAUCAACACAUCGUCUCAAUUCGAUUCGCCCGCAUCACCAUCUGAGGACCCAACCACCUUCUCGUAUGAUGCAUACAGCCACGUUUUCCGCAAGCUCACACUUAAGGACGCCGCCCCAUCACUGCCAUUAGCGCAAAUCAAUGCUCCUGUCGUUACAGAAGUCAAGUAUGCCACCCCGCGAAUUCUCGUUCCUGGGCCGGGGAUCAUGUCGCACAGAGGUUCCAUCGUGUCGCAGACUGGGAUUGCAGAGAAUGAGCUUGGGCCGGAGGCGGUGAAGGAUUUGGAGCCAGGGAUGGUGGUCGAGGCAGGCGAAGGGUUCGGGAAUGCCGGUCAACAUGUCGUAACAGUGCUGCCCGUUGGAAGGAAAUCCUCCAUCACGAGGAUACCCGAAACGGAUGAGCAAUACAGUAAAGCAGCACCAGCCCUUCCGGAUCAUCAGCAGCGUCCCGCUCCCCACUUCAUUGACAGUCCUGGGUCGCCAAUAAACUCGUUUGGCAGUGGCAGUAAGGCGCCCCGUCUGCCAGCCCUUCGGUUUUCAAACAUCCCCCUCGGCGUGAAGCUCAAUCUUCCUCCAAACAAAUCUUCACAUGAGCUUCGGCAGGACCUCGGCAGCCAGCACAACCUGACCGAGUCCAUCCGGUUCUCCACCGCCGAAAGGUUAAUGUCGAGCACGAGGGAGGCGAUAGGUUCACCAGCGUCGAACGCAACUGAGGACGGGGGAGACGAAGAGAUAGAGGCAAGAACGAGCUUAUCGCGAUCGCUUUCCGGAUCCUCGCUCGACGAUGCGACAGACGAGGGCAUGUCUGAGCUGGCGAUGAGGGCCGUAGUGAAUGGGGCUGACCAUGACAUCACCUUCAGAAGGAAUACGUUGCGGUGUAUCCAUGCAAAAGGAAAGUUUCAUGGCGUGCAUUUCAAUCUCCGUAUCACCCGGAUACUCGUCGUAAGCAACCGCGGGUCCCAAAUCACACUGUUCGCCGUCCCAACGACAAAAUUGUCAUCGCCUCCAAAGCUGCGGCAAUUUACGUUUGAGUGUGCCGAUGGCGAGUCGGCUGCUGUGGAGUGGUGUGUAAAGUUUAACUAUGUCGCAUGCCAAGGCAACUUUUCCCCAUUGGUCGAGCACAAGGUGGUCUUCUUGGUGGACGACACCGAGCAAGAUGCCCUUCGAGACAUGAUUAGUCGGUACAUCGCCCCGGUUCUGGAGUGCGUUGGGAAAAAGUUCGAUGUUCAAGUCGUCCCACCCGCAACCGAACGCUCAAAUGCGGCGCCAGCGACGUAUUUCGGUAACGCAAACUACGUCGCUCACGUCUCCAAACAUGAAGAGGCUCUUUCAGGGGCCACGUUCGAAUCGUGGUUGUUGAAGGGAGCCAUGGAGGAAAGAGACAGCAUAGACAAUGUAAUAUUUCUUCCUUCAUCGGAUCCACUCGACCCUGCAGAGCUGGGAUUGUCCAUCGUCAAAGCACUUGUUACCACGUCACCGGGGACAGUGGUUGUGACCAACGUUCAUCUAAAAAGAAGCGGAUCGUUGGGUACCUUCUUCAAGAAGAUUAAGGGCAAAGCAUAAGUCAUUUGUGAGAUUGAAGUGGUGAUUUCUGGCGUUCAUCUCAUGUUAUUGGUUGCGUAUGGAUCCAAAAUGGAGCAUAAUGAGUGUAAAUGAUGGAUUUUUUUGGUAUAUUGAAUGCAAAGAGACAGCCAAAAGGAUUUAUGUAUACAUGAUUUGGAUC